AUGCCAAGCUCAGGACAAAAUGAAGGCGGCGAACAUCACCAGAGGCUGAGAGAAACGCGUCUUCAAAAGCGCAAAGCAGCGGAGGUGCUGCCUUCCUCUGGGGAUUCGUCAGCAGCAGCAGCAGCAACAACAGCAGCAACAUCAGCAGCAGCAGCAGCAGCAGCAGCAGCAACUGAGGGGACAGGGAAGAGAGGUCGUCGUGGUGGUGGAGGGGCCCCUAAGAGCCCUGGUGGCGGCAGCAGCGGCAGCAGCGGCAGCGGCAGCAGCAGUGGCAGCAGCAGCAGCAGUAGCAGCGGCAGCAGCGGCACCAGCAGCAGCAGCAGCAGCUGCAGCGGGGGGUCCCCUUGUGCAUUAGAGUCUGCUGCUAAUGGCUGCAGCAGCAACCACUUCUCAGGUCGUGCGCCGCACCCUCCUCUGCAACAAAAAGGAAUUAAUGCGGAGAGUAAAGAAGAUAUCAUCCGCUCCGAGAUACCCAAAUCUGUUGUCAAGGUGUUUUGCACUCACUGCGAACCCAACUACAGCCAGCCCUGGACAACGCGACGGCAGACGACAUCGACGAGCACCGGCUUUGUUACCUUCGAUGCUGAAGGCAACCACUGCAUUCUAACGAAUGCGCAUUCAGUAGAUAAUGCAGCAGUUGUACAGGUUAGACGAAGGGGAGAUCAUCAAAAACACGAAGCAAAAGUAAUUUGUGUAGGCUUGGAUUGCGAUUUGGCUUUGCUGCAAGUAGACGACCCAGACUUCUGGGAUGAAAUAGGGCCCCCUCUACAGUGGGGCCCCUCCCCGUCUCUAGAAGACCCUGUCACCGUCGCAGGUUAUCCUUUAGGUGGCGACAACUCCUCUGUCACACAGGGUGUAGUAUCACGAACAGACCUGCAGCAGUAUUCGAUGGGUUCUUGCUGGCUCUUAGCCAUACAAAUAGACGCAGCAAUAAACCCAGGGAACAGCGGAGGCCCUGCAUUAAACAAAGACAAGAAAUGUGUUGGCAUUGCCUUUCAAAGUUUGAAGGAUGGAGACACCGAAAAUAUCGGUUAUAUCAUUCCCUCAGAGGUGGUGGCGCAUUUCUUAGAAGACUACAAACGACAUAAGAAAUAUACGGGGUUUGGUGAUUGCGGGUUUACCUGGCAGCGUCUUGAAAAUAAAUUUAUGCGAAGUGCUCUUCAACUUAAAAACAAACAACAAGGAGUACUCGUCAAAAAGGUGGAUGGGGCUUCGUUUGCUCGCGAUGUAUUGCAAAGAGGAGAUAUCAUUUUAUCUGUUAAUGGCAAAAAAGUAGCAUCAGACGGGAGCGUAGAGUUUGAAAGAGGUGAAAGAAUUUCUUUUUCGUGGAUUUUCGCUCAACUCUUCGUCGGCGAUCGGUGCCAUCUUGUCGUCUUAAGAAGAGGAAGACAAAUUCAUGUUUCUUAUCAAGUUGAACGCAUUAGCCUGUUGGUGCCUGCAACAAACGAAUUGCGCCGUGCAGAAUAUUUAAUAGUCGGUGGUCUCGUCUUCGUUCCCCUCAGCGAACCCUUUUUAAAAUCUGAAUAUGGUGAUGACUUUGAAAGUAGAGCACCGGUGCGUUUGCUGGACCAGUGGCAGCACGGGAUGCAGCAGUUUCCGGGGCAGCAGUGCGUCGUUUUAACCCACGUCUUGGCGCACGAGAUAACAGUCUUUGCUAUGCUGUAUUAG